CAGUUUCCAAGCCAGCAUGCGAACCCACGUGCUCAUGCUUUGGUGUCUUGCCAGCAUAUGCUACUUAACACAAGGACACAACGCUGUAGCCAAUGCGACGAGCUUAUGUGGCGAAACGGAGGCCGUCCACACUGGGAGCCUUAAUUCGCUCUACUACGUCUUCUACGAGUCGCGGAUAGUACCAUCCGACCACGCGCCGCUCGUCAUUUGGCUCUCGGGUGGACCGGGCUGCUCCAGUCUUGUGGGCAUGCUGUUUGAGAAUGGUCCUUGCUUGGUGGGUGAGGACUCGUCCACGGCCAAAGUCAAUCCUUCGUCCUGGACCAACGCAGCGCACAUGGUGUACAUUGACCAGCCUCGAGGCACAGGGUUCAGUUUGCCUCGACAAGACAGAGAAGACUGGUACGAAUCCGAUGUGGCGGUGGACCUGGUGGGGUUUCUUGAUGCGUUCUACGACAAGUACCCUUCAUUGGAAGCAAACGACUUGUUCAUUUUCGGAGAAAGCUAUGCCGGUCAUUACGUACCGGACUUUGUAUACGCCUUGCUACAUCGACCUGCCAGCGUGGCAAACUCGCCCCACGCGAAUCAAAUCGUCAACAAUUUGAAGGGCAUGGGCAUUGGCAAUGGACUCACGUCGCCUUCUGCUAUGUUCAGCACCGUUGGCGAGUUCGCAGCCGGAAUCUCCAAAGGUCAGCUCACCGCGGCGUCCCCAGAAGAAUUGCAGAAGUGCCACAUUGGUAUUCAACGAUGCCAAGAAGCAGCACAAGGAGGGUUUGGCGAUUGCUCUAUGCUCCAACCGUGCGAUAACAUCAUGGCCAAUUUACUCGACCAAGUGCGUGGAGCCAAUCUCAACUACUACGACCUCCGUGCCCACUGCAACGACGACGACGCGUUCCACCUAUGCUAUCGCUUUUCACCGCUUUAUGACUUCGUGAAUGCUCCAUCCACACGAGCGGUGCUGGGAAUUCAAGACAAGACGUGGACACCGUGCAGCCACGACGUCUUUGCACACUACGCGAAAUGUGAUUACUAUAGUGAAAGCGAAACCAAAGUUGCCAAUAUAUUGGACCAUGGGGUCCGGGUGCUAGUGUAUGCCGGCGAUCAAGACCUGGUUUGCAACUGGAAGUCGCAAGACAAAUGGACAAAAGACAUGGCAUGGGCCCAUCAAGCUGACUUUGUCAAGCAACCACUCGGGAAAUACAUGUACAACAACACUGACGUCGGCGAGCUCCGCCAUUACAAUGGGCUGAGCUUUCUGCGGGUGUACAGUUCUGGCCAUAUGGUCCCGCUUGACCAGCCCGAGGUUGCCCUGGAUAUGCUGGAACGAUUUGUGUCAAACCGGUUUUAACGUAUCGUUAAAUCGGUUUCGUUUCAUUUUUUUGCUAUGAAAUUACUAGUAAUAUAUGAAUAUCGAUA